AUGUUUUCUGGAGUAAUUAAUUUACAAAGACUAUUACAACCAACAACAGGUGAAGCUGCAAAUAUUGUAGUACCUGAAUUACAUAAUUUACUUAAACUUGAUCCAUAUCUUGAAGGAUAUCAAGAUGAAAUUCGACGACGUUAUUAUGUAUUUCAAAAAAUUCUUAAACAAUUAGAAAUUGAAGAACAAGGUAUUGAUAAUUUUACAACAGCUUAUAAACAUUUUGGUAUUCAUAUUAAUUAUCAAACAAAUGAAAUAAAUAUUAAAGAAUGGGCACCUGGAGCAAAAGCUAUGUAUAUUCGUGGAGAUUUUAAUAAUUGGCAAGAAAAACAAUAUCCAUUUACACGUGAUCAAUGGGGUGUAUGGCGUGUUACAAUUCCACCAUUACCCGAUGGAUCUGUAGCAAUUAAACAUGGACAAGCAAUUAAAUUACUUCUUGAAAUUGCUAAUGGUGAAUUAGUCGAUCGUAUUUGUCCAUGGUCACGUUAUGUACAACGAAAAGAAAAAGCAACUGUAUAUCAUGAUGUAUUUUAUAAUCCAUCAUAUGAACAAAUUUAUAAAUUUAAAUAUACUCAACCUAAAAAACGUGAUCGAUUAAAAAUUUAUGAAGCUCAUAUUGGUAUUAGUUCAUCAAAAGAAGAAAUUGCUAGUUAUGAAAAUUUUCGUAUUAAUAUUAUUCCUCAUAUUAUUAAACAAGGUUAUAAUACAAUUCAAUUAAUGGCUAUCUUAGAACAUCCUUAUUAUGCUAGUUUUGGUUAUCAAGUAACAAAUUAUUUUGCUGCAUCAAGUCGUUUUGGUACACCUGAAGAAUUAAAAGCAUUAAUUGAUGAAGCACAUAAAUAUAAUUUAACUGUAUUACUUGAUCUUGUACAUAGUCAUAGUUCGAAAAAUAUAGUUGAUGGACUUAAUAUGUUUGAUGGUACAGCUGGUUGUUUCUUUCAUGAUAAUACACGUGGUUUUCAUACACUUUGGGAUAGUCGAUGUUUUAAUUAUCUUGAACGUGAAGUAAUGAGAUUUCUUCUUUCAAAUAUUCGAUAUUGGUUAGAAGAAUUUAAAUUUGAUGGUUUUCGAUUUGAUGGUGUUUCAUCAAUGCUUUAUCAUUCACAUGGCAUUGGGCAUCAUUUUUCUAGUUCAUAUGAUGAAUAUUUUGGUUUAGCAACUGAUACUGAUUCAUUUAAUUAUCUUCAAUUAGCUAAUUAUGUUUGUGAAAAAUUUUUUCCAGAAUCAAUAAGAAUUGCUGAAGAUGUAUCAGGUAUGCCAACAUUAUGUCGUCCACUUGCUGAAGGUGGUGCUGGUUUUGAUUAUCGUUUAGCUAUGGCUAUUCCAGAUAUUUGGAUUAAAUUAUUAAAAGAAAAAAAAGAUGAAGAUUGGCAUAUAGGUAAUAUAACAUGGACAUUAAUGAAUCGUCGAUCAUCAGAAAAAAAUAUAGCCUAUGCUGAAAGUCAUGAUCAAGCAAUUGUUGGUGAUAAAACUAUUGCACAAUGGUUAUUUAAUGAACAAAUUUAUAGUCAUAUGUCAAUAUUUAGUGAACGAACAGCUACUAUUGAUCGUGGUUUAGCUUUACAUAAAAUGAUUCGUUUAUUGACAUAUGCAUUAGGUGGAGAAAGUAAUGAAUUUGGUCAUCCUGAAUGGCUUGAUUUUCCUCGAGAAGGAAAUAAUGAAAGUUAUAAAUAUGCUCGUCGUCUUUUUUAUUUAUCUAAUGAUGAAAAUUUAAGAUAUAAAUAUCUUAAUGCAUGGGAUAAAGCAAUGAAUGAUUUAGAAGAAGAAUAUAAAUGGUUAUCAGCAAAAAAUACGUUAAUUAUUCGACAAAUUGAAGCUGAUAAAGUUAUAGUAUUUGAACGUGGUGAUCGAGGUUUAAUAUUUAUAUUUAAUUUUCAUGGAUACAAUAGUUUGACUGAUUAUCGUAUUGGAUGUAGUCAAAGUGGAAAAUAUCGAAUUGUACUUAAUUCAGAUGCAAAAUUAUUUGAUGGUCAUGAAAGAAUUAAUAAUGAACAAAUAUUUUCAACGGAGAAUAUCAAAUGGGAUGACAGACCAUUUUCAUUUAGAGUUUAUACACCAAGUCGUACUGUAUUUGUUCUUGCUUUGAUUGAUGACAAAAAGUGA